AUGGAUUUAAAUCCUAAUGUUUUAUCAUUUAAGAAACAUAUUAGGUUACUUCGUUACAAAAAAAAGAAAACAAUAAUUCAUUUAAUUGAAACUAUUACUAACUCCACAAAACCCCUCAGUGAUUAUAAUAAUUCAUUCUUAGUUGUUGCUUUUAAUCUCUUCCUAUUCGGCAGUUCCCUUAGAUUUCCAAUAAUUCAUACUUACUCAUCAUCAUCAUCAUCAUCAUCAUCAUCAUCAUCAUCAUCAUCAUCAUCAUCAUCAUCAUCAUCAUCAUCAUCAUCAUCAUCAUCAUCAUCAUCAUCAUCAUCAUCAUCAUCAUCAUCAUCAUCAUCAUCAUCAUCAUCAUCAUCAUCAUCAUCAUCAUCAUCAUCAUCAUCAUCAUCAUCAUCAUCAUCAUCAUCAUCAUCAUCAUCAUCAUCAUCAUCAUCAUCAUCAUCAUCAUCAUCAUCAUCAUCAUCAUCAUCAUCAUCAUCAUCAUCAUCAUCAUCAUCAUCAUCAUCAUCAUCAUCAUCAUCAUCAUCAUCAUCAUCAUCAUCAUCAUCAUCAUCAUCAUCAUCAUCAUCAUCAUCAUCAUCAUCAUCAUCAUCAUCAUCAUCAUCAUCAUCAUCAUCAUCAUCAUCAUCAUCAUCAUCAUCAUCAUCAUCAUCAUCAUCAUCAUCAUCAUCAUCAUCAUCAUCAUCAUCAUCAUCAUCAUCAUCAUCAUCAUCAUCAUCAUCAUCAUCAUCAUCAUCAUCAUCAUCAUCAUCAUCAUCAUCAUCAUCAUCAUCAUCAUCAUCAUCAUCAUCAUCAUCAUAUUCAUUCACUAAUUAUACUAAACAGAAACAUUUUCUAAAUGUAAAUUUAUUUUAA